UAUCAAGUAGAUUGUUGUCUGUUCUCUGUAGCUUUUUUGCAGUCUCAACUCUCAUCUAAUACACUACUUAUUGAUUUUUCGAAAAGUCGUGUCGUCGUGUGUUUAUAGGAACUUGCCUAUUAUUGAAAAACACAAUAAUUGGUAUUAAGUGUGUAAUUUUACCUCUAUGGGUCAUAUGGGUCUGGAAGCGGCCUCAUAAUAGCUGAUUAAUAAGUUAAUAAAGUGAGGAACUAGUUAAGAGUUUGAAUAAAAAUGGAUGGUUACAAUUGCGGGACCGUGAUCAAAAUAGAGGAAGAAAAUGAGGAUAUAAAAGAGAAAUGCACCAAAGCCUUAGUGACAAAACCAAACCCAAUCGUCAUUGAAGAAUUAUACAACAGCUGUCCGGGGACCUACAAUAAUCCUCAACAAAAUAUUAACCAGAAUCCAUAUAAACUUAAUAAAACAAGAGACGAUCAAAAAAUAAAAAUUGAAAUUGGUGAAACCGAUGAUUAUUACUACAAAUCUAUAAUUGUAAUAGAAGAAAAUACUGAGCAACAAAACAUAAUCAACGGAAAUGCAUACAAAGUUACUGAAGAGAUAGUUAAAGUCGAAAUUAAAGACGAAACUGAUGAUUAUAACAGCGGUCCCGUGAACAAAAUAAAUGAAGAAAAAGAAGAUAUAAAAGAGCACUUUACCGAAGCCUUAAAGAUAGAACCAAGUCUGACCUGCUUUGAGAAGUCACAUAAUAGCUGCGAGGCGAUGCAGAAUGAUCUUUUUAACUCAUCCGGCGGGGUUUCAUACAAUAUCGGAGAAACGUGUGACAAAACUAUAGCCAAAGUAGAAAUUGAUGAUGAGUCCCUUAUAGAAAUCGAAGACAGUGUAAAUUUAGGUGUGCUAACAACAAACUACGAUUUGGCGGAGAUACAGCAAUUUUUCUGCGAUAUAUGUAAAAAGUUAUUCGCAACCAAAAGGAAAGUGGCUGAACACAUUAGUCAUUCACAUAGUACACAGACAACAACCCAGAAAAGCACUGAAACACAAGACACCAAAAAUAAUUUCAUUGUCGAUCAUAUGACUGAGGGAUACACUGGCAACACCGGACGACCCUACAAAUGCGAUGUGUGCCUAAAGUCGUUUCCUGCAAAAUCCUCUCUCGCGGUACACAACCGCGUGCACACAGGCGAAAAACUCUACAAUUGCGAUGUAUGUUUAAGAUCGUUUUCUCGUAAACAGAUACUCGUAGAACACAAACGCGUGCACACGGGUGAAAAGCCCUUCAAAUGCGACGUGUGCCUUAAAUCUUUUUCUCGAAAAAGCCACUUUACAGAACACCAACGCGUGCACACCGGAGAAAAGCCCUUCAAAUGCGACGUGUGCCUUAAAUCGUUUUCUCGAAAAGGCCACUUUACGGUACACCAACGCGUUCACACCGGGGAAAACCCCUAUAAAUGUGAUGUAUGUUUAAGAUCGUUUUCUCGUAAACAUGUCCUCGUAGAACACCAACGCGUGCACACCGGAGAAAAGCCCUACAAAUGUAACGUGUGCCUUAAAUCGUUUUCUCGAAAAAGCUACUUUACGGAACACCAACGCGUUCACACCGGAGAAAAGCCCUACACGUGUAAUGUGUGCCUCGAAUCUUUUUCUCAAAAAUCUCAACUCACGCGACACGAACACGUGCACACUUAUGGAAAGCCUUAUAAAUGUGAUGUAUGUUUAAAAUCGUUUUCUCGUAAACAGAUACUCGUAGAACACAAACUCGUGCACACGGGUGAAAAGCCCUUCAAAUGCGACGUGUGCCUUAAAUCUUUUUCUCGAAAAAGCCACUUUACGGAACACCAACGCGUGCACACCGGCCAAAAGCCCUACACGUGUAAUGUGUGCCUCGAAUCUUUUUCUCAAAAAUCUCAACUCACGCGACACGAACACGUGCACACUUAUGGAAAGCCUUAUAAAUGUGCUGUUUGUUCAAAGUCGUUUCCUGCAAAAUACUCUCUCAGAAAACACGAACGCGUGCACACCGGUGAAAAACCCUUCAAAUGUAACGUGUGCCUUAAGUCGUUUUCUGUAAAAUACGCUCUCACAUCACACAAACGCGUUCACACCGGCAAAAAAGCCCAGUCGAAUAUUUGUUAAGCACAUUUAAACGUGACAACGUCUAAUUAUUACGAUCAUUAAUUAUUUGAGAUCUUUAAGUAGAACUUUAAACCUUGCGUAAAUGCUACAAUAGAAAAUUGUUUGCUAUUGACUUAUAUCGUUGGAUUACAUUCU